AUGGAUCCGCUUUCGAUCACGACGAGCGUGAUCGCUCUAGUUCAGGCCCUCGGUGUGGGAGUCAAGUUCUUCUCCUCCAUGCGACAGAUUCCAGCGGACUUCUGCGACCUUAGCAAUGAGCUCACAGACCUCCAGGCAGUCGCCGAGCAAGUCAAAACUUCUCUUCAGGAGAUGGAAAACGGUGACACCAAAAAUGCAGCCGUCCCUGGCAUCACUGCUUCUGCAACACAGACCUUGGAAGACGACUUUGCCUCCAUCGUUAAUGAAUUAGAAGCCCUCUGCGGACGCCUCCAAAAGUCAGACCGGCAUGCAGAUAUAGUUGGAGAGCUGCGUGUCUCUAAGCGGAAGUGGCUGCGUGAGAAGGACAACGUCGCCAGGCUUCGGGCGAAAGCGAGCAAAACCAAGCAGAGCUUGAUGUUGCGUUUCAUUGCUCUUGUUUCGUCACAAAGGUGA